AGAGUUUUAGAGGAUUUAGGGGCUAGAAUGCCAGCAAUGUGAUCGCGAUUCCUCCAAUACUUUACAUACUUGUCAUGUUUGCCACUACGAACUUCCGGCGAGGCGGUGGGAACUUCGUUUACUCCUCAUCACUACUCUGUUAUUGUAUCCAGAGUUAGGUUAUUUUGUCAGUGCGCGUGUGAUUAUUCGUAAAAUCGUGUAUGUGCAGUGGAAAACUGUUAUUUAUAGUCAGUGAGUGAAGUGCUUUCAAUCCUACAACCCGUUGUGAUGUAUAACCGUGUUUUUCUGUGUGUUUUGUAGAAUACUACUAGUAGUAUUUUUAUCAGUGUUUAUUUUGAUUUAAAAAUGAAAGUUUUAGCGGCGUGAUGAAAAAAUUGCAAAGUGAUGUUUGUGAUGUGACAAAAGUGGAAUUGUGUUUGUGAUAUUUAAUGCAAAGUGAGUGGUAGCGGGCCUCUUACCGUAUGCAGCCAUCUCUUGGUUUCUCGACGGCAGGCACCAUUUCCUCGGCGUGGACCCCCGCCAGCUCCGGCCCGCCGGGCGCGGACGCCGACUCCAAGAACCAGCUAGAUGUGGGCGACUGUGACGAUGACAAGGAUCUGGCGGCGGCCGAUGCCGAGGGUGUCUGGAGCCCGGACAUCGAGCAGAGCUUUCAGGAAGCGUUGGCCAUCUACCCACCAUGUGGCCGCCGCAAGAUCAUCCUCAGCGACGAGGGCAAGAUGUACGGACGCAAUGAGCUGAUUGCAAGGUACAUCAAGCUGCGCACAGGCAAGACCAGGACCAGGAAACAAGUGAGCUCCCACAUCCAGGUUCUGGCGAGACGCAAGCUCCGGGAGAUCCAGGCUAAGCUCAAGGUGGUGGUGCCCCAGGACCAUGCAGCUAAAGAGAAGGCCCUGCAGACCAUGUCAUCCAUGUCUUCCGCGCAGAUAGUGAGUGCGACAGCAAUACACAACAAGGCUGCAGCAGCCGGUCUGGCUACGCUGGGGCUGGCAUCUCCUGUCUCGUACCCUGGCGCGUUCUGGCAACCUGGGUUACAGCCUGGCACAUCUCAAGAUGUGAAGCCGUUCUCGCAGGGAGGGUACCCCGGCAAGCCAUCGACAGCAGUGUCGGGAGCAGUGGUGGGGAGCAGCGACCUUCAAGCACCUCCCCCACCACCUUGGGAGGGUCGAGCAAUCGCUACACACAAGCUCAGACUUGUCGAGUUUUCAGCUUUCAUGGAGCAGCAGAGAGACUCGGAAACUUACCACAAACACCUGUUUGUCCAUAUAGGAGGCUCUGCUUCAUACACUGAUCCAUUACUAGAGCCUGUAGACGUGAGACAAAUCUACGACAAGUUCCCAGAAAAGAAGGGUGGUUUGAAAGAGUUAUAUGACAAGGGACCUCAGAGUGCGUUCUUCCUUGUGAAGUUCUGGGCUGAUCUCAAUACCAACAUCCAGGACGAGGCAGGUGCCUUCUACGGUGUCACAAGCCAGUAUGAGAGCAAUGAGAACAUGACCAUCACGUGUUCGACCAAAGUGUGUUCAUUCGGGAAACAAGUAGUGGAGAAGGUGGAGACAGAAUACGCUCGGUUUGAGAAUGGCCGGUUUGUGUACAGAAUCCACCGUUCACCCAUGUGUGAAUACAUGAUCAACUUUAUACUCAAGUUGAAGCACUUGCCAGAGAAGUAUAUGAUGAACUCCGUCCUGGAAAACUUCACCAUUCUCCAGGUAGUAACCAACCGAGAUACCCAAGAGACGCUGCUGUGCACGGCCUACGUGUUCGAAGUGUCUACCUCAGAACACGGAGCCCAGCAUCACAUAUAUAGACUGAUAAAAGACUAGGCCUUUGCCCCCGUCUCUCCCGCAGUGCCUAUUUGUCGGGGCCGGCCGCCCCCGCCCCUGCUGCCCAUUGUGUGGUUGCCCACACAGCGGACUGGCCCCGACUAGUGUAUAUAACUGUACAGUUCGUGUGAGUACGCAAUCAUUUGAUCUCUUCUCAUAGUCAGACUGACUGCUAUUUUGAGUAUUGUUUUGUAUUCACCUUAUCAAAAUAGAAUCACCUGUACUUAUUUCAAUCUUCUUAAUCCUCGUUAAGUUACAGUUAACUAUUAUUGGCUUUACUUCUACAGAAUAUGCUUGUGAAUAGUUUUUAACCUUUUUUUUAUUAAAUAGUUUGAAAUUGCCUGAUUUUUUUCAUAUACAAUGCUAAAAUAAAAAAAAAAAAACAAUUAAUUGUUUCUAAGCAAUUGUAAAGUAAUCAUCGGCAUUAAUUAAAAUCAAAAUAUACACAAGAACUCAUACACUGGAAAUAAUUUGUAUAUGUUAUACAUUCGAAUAUCGUGCACAAGUGUAUUCUGGAUUGGUGAAUAAAUCAGUACCUUAUAGAAUAUAAAAUAUAGUUUUAAAUUUAAUGAAGAGUUGAAAUGUGAGAAACUGUUCUAUUAGUGGAUGUCUUCUGUGAAGAUGUAAUAGAGUAUGUUGAGGCACCUAAGAUCCUGUGACAAAACCAAGGCCAUAUCCACCUGCCAUAUUGCUUGGGUCACGACAGCAAGUAAUUUAUUUUGUGAGCUGUUUUCUAAUAAUGUGUCUUGUAACUUAUAUUGAAUUCAAUCAAAAAGUCAGCAUUUUUUAACUAAAAUAAUAAAAUUUUAAUAUAAUAGUCUUAAUCUUGCAGUUUAAAUUCUUAUGUUAUUUGUGUAUUGUAAAGAGUGAAAAGCAUGUAUGAAUUUACAUAUAGAUAUUAUGUAAUUUCUUUUGAAACCAUGAAAUAAGACCUACACAAAGGAGUUUUUAUGUAAUUUUUUACAUAAUAUUUAGAUACUGCACCAUUUAAUAGUUCAAAUGUAGAGAAAUAAACAUUCUUAAAAAAUCUAUGGUCACUCUUCUUCUAACUCUUGAAAAAUAUGUGAUAUUCAAAAAAUUAAAGUGAAAACCUCCUUUAAGGUACAUAAUAUUUAGAUAAUGCAUCAUUUAAUAGUUCAAAUUUAGAAAAAUAAACAACCUCCAAAAAUCUAUGGUCAAUCUUCUUCUAACUCUUGAUAUUCUAAAAAUAAAGGUGAAAAUCUUCUUUGAGAUACCUAAUAUUAGACUUCCUCCUUUUGUAGGUCUUGUUUCAAAGGCACUAGUUUUUUCCAUAUAUAUAUAUAUAUAUAUAUAUAUAUAUAUAUAUAUAUGUACACACACACACACACACACAUAUAGAAAGAAACUAGUAUAUAUGUAAACAGGGCGUUUCAAAAAGGACUUUACAACUUUGAAAAUUCAUAUAAAUAUUAUUAAACAAGGUACAUAGCUGGUUUUGGUGUUAUUUUAAAGGAAAA